CUCAUCACCGGCAAUCCUCGAUCAACCAUCAAUCUCUUGUCACAAUCCAAUUCGAUUCUUGCACCCGGUAGACCUAGUCCACACUCCAUUAAAGCUCGGCAGUGAGUUUGCAGCUUCGUAAGCUAGCUCGAAUCGCUCAACAAUGGCGGGCGUGGGGCGGAACAUGGUGGCGCCGCUGCUGGUCCUGAACCUGAUCAUGUACAUCAUCGUCAUCGGCUUCGCGAGCUGGAACCUGAACCACUUCAUCAACGGCACCGCCUUCAACCGCCCGGGCAUCGCGGCCAACGGCGCCACCUUCUACUUCCUGGUCUUCGCCAUCCUAGCCGGCGUCGUGGGCGCCGCCUCCAAGCUCGCGGGGGUGCACCACGUCCGGACCUGGCGCGGCGACAGCCUGGCGACGACGGCGGCGUCGGCGCUGGUGGCCUGGGCCAUCACCGCGCUGGCCUUCGGGCUGGCCUGCAAGGAGAUCCACAUCGGUGGGUUCCGCGGGUGGCGGCUCCGGGUGCUGGAGGCGUUCGUGAUCAUCCUGAUGUUCACCCAGCUCCUGUACGUGCUGAUGCUGCACACCGGGCUGUUCGGGAACCAGUUCGGCACCGGCGGCGGGUACGGGGCGGAGCACGGCUACGGCGACCACCACAACAAGGGCAUGGGCGUGGGCACAGGCGCCGCCGCCACCAGGGUCUGAGCUUCCCUUUGGCGUCCGAUGGACGGAUGAAUAAUAAUGUGUAUGUACGUGUCAGUGCGUGUGUGUAGCUGUAGCUGUGUAUGCAUACAUGGCGUUUGCACAUGUACUGCUUCUUUUUUUGAGGGAGUGCAUGGUAGCAGUAGCUGUUUAAUUCUACGAAAGCUUGUGUUCUGAACUUCUGAUGU